AUGCUUGCUCCUUCAUCAGUCAAGGUGGAUGCCAACGGAAAGUGUAGUCUAGCUUUCAAACAGUUGAGGGAUGUCCCCUCGCAGAUGGUCUUUCAGGCACUUGCUCCCAAAAUAAUAGAGUUGGAUCUCUCUCAUAACAAUCUGACGGAUUUAUCGGAAAAUGUUAAUUGUUUGGAGAAUUUAACGAGCUUGGUGCUAGAUCACAAUAGAAUACAUUCCGGAUCGAGUUUUAACGGAGGGAAACCAAUGCCUAAAAUUACAUUAUUAUGGGUCAAUUCAAACAAAAUUAAGGACCUCAAACAGUUUUUAGAAAAGGUAGCAUUUCACUUUCCCAACUUGAAAAUAUUUUCCAUGUUGAAAAACGAGGCUUGCCCAAACUUUUUUACAGGCGGAUCAGCAGAACAAUACGAGCAGUACAGAUUGUUUGUUGUGAGUAGACUACCGAAUUUGCAAGUACUGGAUUCAUCCACUGUGACAAAAUCUGAGCGUGAAAUCGCAAAGAAAAUGUAUGGAAAUUUGGAUUCAGUUCCGAGCUUUAUUUUAAUGCAACAACAGGAACAGCAACAAAAUUCUGAAACCUCAAAACAGCCCUCUAAAAGCACUACUAACAACACAAGUACUUCGUCAUCAAACGUAUCGAACUUACCAAACUUUGGAGCAUUAACCGCUAGUUCGAAUCAAAGCACAUAUUCUGUCACACCAUCACAACCAUCUUACAACCUUCCAAACAUUUCUACUCUUCAAUCCAACACUUCACUUCCACCCGUUAACUCUUUUAAUUACAACAACUCGAAUCCGUACCAAAAUACUCAGCCUAUUUAUUUCAACAACAAUACUCCAAAUUAUUCAACAUCUUAUGUACAACAAUAUAACUAUAAUGAUAUACUUGGAUCGACGGUACAUUAUAAUAAUUUGAUGUAUCCAUUGCCACAACCAAACAUAUCUCUUCCCAACCCAAGCGUUCCUUCCCAACCAGGCUUGCAACUACCACCAUUAGAUUCACUAGCUCAGAAAAAUCAGACCACUUACAGAGGUCCGUACUUGUGA